UAAAUCGAGAUACAGUAUUGAACGUUACUUCUUUGACGUAAAUUUGCGAAUACGCGCAUCAAAGUGUUUAUUCAGUGGAAUUGUGUUAUAUCUUGUGGUCUUUAAUUUAAUUAAAAGACAAUGGAAUCACCUGUAGUAUUAGACAAGCCGCCGGAGUACCACGGUGAUAGGGGGUUUCCGUUUGAGGAGGAGGAAGGCUCGGGCGCGUGGAGCGAGCUAGCGGCGCGACACCCCGACAUCGCGGCGCGGCUGCGGCAACGACCCGCCACCUGGGCCAGGAAGCGCCGACCCUCCAGCAACGACGCUACUGACGAUUUUGGCGACAACUUCAGCGGCUUCGACAGAUUCCCCUUCGACGAUAUACCUCCCGAGUUCAGAGAGCACUUUCCGUCGCACUGGAACCGCAGGUUCAGCUCUCGCGACGAACAACCACAACAGCAGACGCCCGCUUCGCCAACUCAACCACAGCAACAAACGACCGCCACACAGACUGAACAGACCCCGACGCACAGCGAACACGAGCAGCAAACCCAGAUACCACAGUACGGACUCAGAAACACAGUAGACCUAGGGCAGAAGAGUCCCGCCGACCCGAGCUUGGUCGAUGCGGACGAUAGGACACACCGAUCUAUGUCAGCGCCCCCAGACACACCUAAUCAAACAAAGAUGAGUGGACACAAUCACCAGGAGCAGACCCAUCAGCCUCACGGAGAGACCCAGUCUAAUGUCCGACACAUACCGAUAUUCGUAGAAGGCCGCGACAAGCCAGUCAUCAACAAGUCAGUGGACCACGGCACACACUUUGGAGAGGCUAAGCCACAGUAUGUACCUCCUCCACCUCCGCCGCACGUCGACAGGGAUCAGUAUUUCGCGGACGAUGUUAAUUUCCAUCCACCGCCUAAUUUCUCACGUUCCUUUGGCACGCCUUUUAAUAAGACUUAUAGACAAGGACCUCAACCUUUUGUACAGCAAAAGGCAUACCCACAAACGGCGUUUGCCCGUGGUGCCUCUCCCCAGAGAUCGCAGUCUCCCAAACCUGCCGACGAGCACUUCGUUAAAGUCCCUGUUCAUCACGAAACACCAAAAGCUGAGCCUCCGUCCAGAGCGCAAAAAUCACCCCAGCAACAUCAACCUCCACCGCCAAAGUCUCCUCAACAACACCAGCCUCCGCCACCGAAGAGCCCACAGCAACAACCUCCACCUCAACGGGAACAAACUCCUCCGCAGCCUAAAACUCAACAACCAUUAUCCAAUGAUCCCAUAACACAAAUUCUCAGUAUUCAAACCGACGUUCUUAACCUUAUGACUGAUGUUGAGAAUUUUACUGGCACCAAAAAAGACAAAAGAUAUUUGUUUCUUGACGAGAUGCUCACAAGGAACCUCAUCAAGUUAGACAAUAUAGAAACAGAUGGCAAGGAAAACAUCCGACAGGCGAGGAAGGAAGCAAUCAAAUGCAUCCAAAAAUGUAUAGCAGUCUUAGAAGCCAAAGCGGACAGUUCGAACCAACAAAGAAAGGCACAGCCCGAACAGGAAACACAAGUGCAAGAUGAAUGCCAAUCCCAUGACGUGGAUAUGAAAGAGAACACACAGAACGAUCAGACCACGGAAAUCCCUGCCCAGCCGAUCGUUGAGAACGGUGAAGUGGAAAUGGACGAGGCCACCAAAGAUAAACCAGCCGAACCACAGACGGCUGCAGCAGUUCCGCCACAAACAGACAACACCGAAGAGGCUAAUGUAGAAAAUCAAGCGGCCGAAUCAGCUGUAGCGGUAGAGAAGGAUGAUAAACAAGAAGUUGUAAAAGUUGAGGCGCAAGAGAAAAGUGAAGAAGUAAAGCCAGAAGAUGCAAAUGCAUCCGGCACAAUGAAUCCGGCAGAAACACAACCAUCUGCGGCCGACACACGACCCGAAGACAACAAAUCUACUGGAGGUGACGCAGAGAAGAAAGAAGACAAGAAGUCUACUCCGAAAAAAGUAACCAAAACAGUAAAAAAACGAGACAAAAGUAAAGAUAAGAAGGAUGCCCCUAAAGAUAGCAAUAAGGAAGAUAAAAUAGAAGCAAAUAGUGUACUGAACCCGGAGCCGAUGUCUGUCGACGAGAAAGGAGACAAGACGGACUCCCAAGUGAUGGAUGUAGAUGGUGCUGCUAGUCAAUAAAUAUAGUGUGGAUUAGUGAAUAUCUCCUUUAGAUACACAUUUGGCAUUCGUUAUCAGCCUGCUUCAUGUUUGUGCCUCUAUAACACGUGUUGAAAUUGUUUACGUUUGUACAUUAUACGUUUUUAUUUUAUUUUAAUGCAAAUGUGUAAAGCGAUUUAUGUCGUAUUGGAUUUAAAAAUGGUCUCGUGUUGAGUCCUAAAUAAUAUUUAAUUUAUUGUAAUUAUCAUUACGGAUAACACAAUUUUCUCAAUAAAUGAUGAGUACACAAAUUC